AUGUUGUGUUCAACAGCCUCCGGCUUGGCAGUUGUAAACCCAGGAUUCGACCCCCUCCCCUCGUCUAGCCUCCCGACAUUUGGUACUGAGACCUACAGCCAGCCUCCUUUUGCCGUGGAGGAUGAUUUCACCGCGUGGUUGUUCAACGAAUCAUCUGUACCCUCGUCAUCAGUCGCAUAUCCGUCAUGGACAGGCGUAAUCCCCAGCUACCUGGAUGCUGCUCAGCUUCAAACUCAGCUUGGUGUGCGUGAGAGGACCCAUGGCAUGUUAUCAAGCGGAGGCAUCUCAGACCGACCCAUGAGUGUUGCGAGGACGCCAGAUCGCAGGUCGCCACGUACCAUCAUGUCGGACGACAAGCUCCAGGAACUCCUACACCUUAUGGCGACGCGAUUCAACAAAGCUGCGUACUCGACAGUGGCCAGUCGCACAGAGUCUUUCCUGGACGGUGACGUGAAUAACGAUAACCACAUCCUAAGUCUACGCAUGACGCGAACGUACAUCGAGUCGUACUGGUACCACUUUCAUCCGCAGUUGCCCAUCCUGCAUCGCCCGGCCUUUGUCGCCGAUCACGCGCCCAACCUCCUUCUUUUGGCUAUAAUCGCCAUCGGCGCGUCGACGCUGGACCGUAUCCACGGCCCAGAAGUAACCGAAACUGUCUCCGAGUUGGCCAAUUUCAUCAUCUGGCAUCUUCGGUGGGAGGUGUUCAUGGACACCGAGUUUCAGGCUCCGACCAAGCUCUGGGUAUACCAGGCCCUGCUGCUCAUCGAGGUCCACGAGAAAAUGUAUUCCACCCGCUCCCUGCACGACCGGGCGCACAUCCAUCAUGACACCACACUAACUCUAAUGCGGCGCGGAAACUUGUUCGUCGGGCGCUCCGCGGACUCUCCCCAGGCCAGUUCGACAGAUGACCGGCCGGGCUCGAACAUGACGCCCGACUCUGCGCUGGACGAAUCCUGGACACACUGGAUCAAGGCCGAAGCCACACGGAGGGUCGUCUUUGCAGCCUUCGUUCUGGACUCGACACACGCCGCCAUGUUUGGACACCCUGCCAAGAUGACGGCGCACGAGCUUCGGCUACCGCUCCCCUGCGAUGAGGCAUUAUGGUCGGCGACCAGUGCGGCCGAAGUGGUACGGGUGCAGUCCAGCCUGCGAGCGAGUGGUGCGAAGCCCAACAUGUUCCUAGACGGGCUCAAAGAAACUCUUGAGGGACGGCGAGUGCGCACCGACGCCCUCGGGAGGUCCAUUAUCAUGACGGGCUUGCUCAGCGUCUUGUGGCAUAUGAAGCAGCGGGAGCCACAGGCGUGCUCCCUUGACGUUCCACCGUCGUUGGGCGGCCGAGACAUUCGGCGGUCAGCACUGCUCCGUGCCUUUGACGAUGCCCUUGGACAGAACGGAACGCCAACUUUUGGCUGUGAAUAUCGGGCCCGGCGCCCGCCCGGCGACAACUAUUUCACCGAAACGCGCGGCGUACUGCACGGCCUCGCCCACAUGGCAUCGCAUAUAGACAUUGCCGAGUGCCAGAGCUUUGCCGGCGCCGUCCAGCGCACGGGACAGUCGAGAGAGAGCAGCGCCGCUGUUGAAAAGAUGGCGGAGCGAUGGGCCGUCGAAGCCUCGGCCCGCGAAGCCGCCUUUUACGCCUUGAAGUUCCUGUCCCAGUGUUUGUUAACCGGGGCUUCCGAGGACGAGGACGCCUACUCGGGACGGGACGACUACAACCUCAACCGGCCGUGGGUCAUGUACAUGGCGGCACUGGUCGUGUGGUGUUAUGGGUUUGCGGCGGAUGGCCCGAUCCCGUUGCCGCCUGCUCUGGCGACGGCGGCAGAACAGCGCCGCGACAUGCUCGAGUUCCUGAAGCGCGUGGGCGGCGUGCGGUCUCCUCACGAUCUACAAGGCAUGCGACGGCGCAACCGGUGUCUGGGUCUGUUGAUGGUUCUGCGCGACGGGUUUGUCAAGACGCGAUGGGAGCUGUUGACAGAAGCCGCCAACUUGCUAGACAACUGCAUUGCAAAGUUGCGAGGCUGA